AUGCCCCUCGACACAUCCACAUACUCCCUCGCCCUCCUGCGCGUCGACGGCCGCCGCUGGAACGAACUCCGCCGCCUCCACGCCCAGAUCCGCACCCAAGAUGCCGCCGACGGAUCGUCCUACUUCGAAAUGGGCCACACAAAAGUAAUGUGCGUCGUGACCGGCCCGUCGGAGCAGCAGCAGGCCCAGGCCCAAGCGCAACGGCGAGGCGGACAGGCGCCAGGCCGCGACGCCGCCUCCAUCAUUGUCAACGUCGUCAUUGCCGGCUUCUCCAGCGUUGACCGCAAGAAGCGCGCGCGGAGCGACAAACGCACUCAAGAGAUUGAAAUCACCAUUGCCAAGGCGCUUUCCUCCACCGUCCAUACGCAUCUCUUCCCGCACUCUUCCAUCACGGUGUCGCUGCACGUCCUGUCACAGGACGGCUCUCUCCUUGCCGCUCUGAUCAACGCCGCCACUCUUGCCGUCAUUGACGCCGGCAUCCCGAUGACGGACUAUAUUGCUGCCUGCACCGCCGGAUCGACGUCUUCUUAUGCCGCCGGUGACGAUUCCGCCGAUCCUCUGCUGGACCUCAACAACCAGGAGGAGCAGGAGCUUCCCUUCCUCACGGUAGCGUCGCUCGGCGACAGUGAUCGUGUUGUCGCUCUUGUCUGCGAGAGCCGCGUCCAGGUCAGCCGUCUAGAGGGCAUGCUCGUCGUUGGCUUGGACGGGUGCAAGCAGGUCAAGAUGCUUCUCGACAAAGCUAUCAAGGACAGGGGAGUCAAGAUGAUCAGGGAAGGCGCUGUACAACGAAGCGAUACCGUGGCCAUGGAGUUGGAUGAGUAA